AUGGCCCCCGCCCACCUUCGGCGCCCACCACAGGCCCCGCCAACCUUCACGGCUACCCCGCAAUCAGUUGUCGUCGAUGCUGAGCGUUUACUGAAGACAUCCCGGGACAUCCAAGACAAGCUCGUUGCUGAGAUCAAGCCAGAUGCUGCCACGUUUGCCAACGUGCUGACUAAACUUGCUCAAGACGAGAAUACCGUCGCGCUGGAAGCACACAUCUUGGGCUUCUACCAAGCCGUAUCGACUGAUCAGAAGCUCCGAGAUGCUUCCUCCAAGGCGGAAGAGCUUAUGGAUGAGUUCUUCAUUGAGGCCGUGAUGCGCGAAGAUGUGUUCAAGCUGGUGGAUGCUGUUUUGAACAAGAAUGAAGAUCUCGAUCCCGAGUCUCGUCGUCUGCUAGAGAAGGCACACAAGGAUUUCGUUCGCAACGGAUUGGGUCUGCCCGCGGGGCCACAGCGAGCUCGGUUCAAGGAGAUCAAGAAGCGUUUGAGUCAGCUGAGCAUCGAGUUCCAGAAGAACUUGAACGAGGAGAACGGUGGUAUUUGGUUCACACCUGAGCAGCUGGAUGGUGUGCCGGAGGAUGUGACCUCCGGCCUGAAGCGUGGCGAGGGUGAGAACGCCGGCAAGCUCUUUUUGACCUUCAAGUACCCGGAUCUGUUCCCGACUAUGAAGUACGCCACCAAUUCGGACAUCCGUAAGCAGGUCAUGAUUGCCAAUGAGAACAAGUGCAACCAGAAUGUCCCGCUCUUCCGCGAAGCCAUUAUUCUACGUGACGAGGCCGCCCGUCUGCUGGGCUACCCCAACCACGCUGCUUUCCGCAUUGAAGAUAAGAUGGCCAAGACCCCAGAGACUGUUGACACAUUCCUCGGUGAUCUGCGCUCCCGGUUGACUGCUGGUGGUAAGCAGGAAAUCCAAACUUUGCUUAACCUUAAGAAAGAGUUAGACCCUAACUCUGAUGGCCGCUACUACUUGUGGGACCACCGAUUCUACGAUCGAUUGAUGCUGGAGCGGGACUUCUCAUUGGAUCACCAGCUCAUUGCCGAGUACUUCCCCUUGCAGACCACCAUUCAGGGCAUGCUUAAGAUCUUUGAGGAGCUUUUCGGAUUAGAAUUUGUCGAGAUUGUUGGCGAGGACCGUGCGGCCUUGGCCCCCACUGGUCAAGGUAGUGACAUUGUUUGGCACGAGGAUGUGCAGGUGUUUAGCGUGUGGAACGAUGAGGGCGAAGGCUCUGGCUUUGUCGGCUACUUGUACCUGGACUUGUUCCCGCGUGAGGGCAAGUAUGGCCAUGCCGCCAACUUCAACCUCCAGCCGGGCUUCACUGAUGCAGAUGGUAACCGACGCUUCCCCGCCACCGCCCUGGUGUGCAACUUCACCAAGCCCGGCCCUAAGAAGCCUAGCCUGCUCAAGCACGAGGAGGUAGUUACCCUCUUCCACGAAUUGGGCCAUGGUAUCCACGACUUGGUCUCCCGAACCACCUACUCUCGCUUCCAUGGUACCAGCACCGUGCGGGAUUUCGUCGAGGCGCCUAGCCAGAUGCUCGAGAACUGGUGCUGGACUCCCUCGCAGCUGCGCUCCCUGAGCCGACACUACUCUACCCUAUCCCCCGAGUACCUCGCCGGAUGGCACGAAGCUCACCAAGCGCGUAGCGGCGGUAAGACUGCUACCGCCCCGCCUUCGGAGCGUAUUCCUGACGAUGUCAUCGACAACCUCAUCCGCACCAAGCACGUCAACGACGCCUUGUUCAACCUCCGCCAGCUGCACUUUGGUAUUUUCGAUAUGACCGUGCAUGAGCCUAAGAGCCACGCCGAUAUCGAGGCCCUGCCUCUCUCGGCAACCUACAACCGUCUCCGCCAGGAGAUUACCCAGAUGGAUGGCCUGGAGGCACUGAGUGGUGGUCACGAAUGGGGUCACGGUGAGGCGACUUUCGGUCACUUGAUUGGUGGUUAUGAUGCCGGUUACUACGGUUACUUGAGCUCGCAAGUGUACUCCACCGACAUGUUCUACACCGUGUUCAAGGACGACCCCAUGAACAAGGCUUCUGGUCGCCGCUACCGGUACCAGGUGCUCGAGAAGGGUGGCAGCCAGGAUGAGAUGAAGACUCUGACCGAGUUCCUGGGCCGUGAGCCGCAGACCACUGCAUUCUACAAGGAGCUGGGUCUUGCGUAA